AUGGCGUCGACGAAACCCGCCAUCCCCCAGAACGACAACGUCGCGCACGCCCUCGCUGGUGCUGGCGGCGGAAUCCUUUCUAUGGUCCUAACAUACCCCUUAAUAACGCUUUCAACGCGCGCACAAGUCGAGUCUAAGCGAGCCGAGACAGCCUUCCUAGCCGCUGUGCGGCAGAUCGUCGCACGCGAGGGCGUGGCCGGGUUAUACGCGGGACUCGACAGCGCGGUGUUCGGUAUCAGCGUGACCAACUUUGUAUACUAUUACUGGUACGAAUGGACGCGGGGCUCUUUCGAAGCGGCCGCUACCCGCACAGGCCGCGCCUCCAAGAAGCUGACGACCAUCGAGGCCAUGAUUGCCGGUGCAAUUGCUGGAUCCGCUACCGUCAUCCUCACGAAUCCUAUCUGGGUCGUCAACACUCGCAUGACCACGCGCAAGGGACAACUUGAGGAAGAGCAAGAAAAGGCCGGCGCGGACACCGCUAUCGUGGAGAAGAAGAAGCCGACCACUAUAGGUACGCUGAUGGCGCUGCUACGAGACGAGGGCCCGCAAGCCCUGUUCCGUGGCGUUGUCCCGGCACUCGUUCUAGUUAUCAAUCCCAUCCUACAAUACACGUUGUUCGAACAGAUGAAGAAUGCCUACGAGCGCCGGCGCAAGCACAAUGUAACCCCGACCGUUGCCUUCUUCCUCGGCGCCAUCGGAAAGCUUUUCGCCACUUCUAUCACCUACCCUUACAUCACCGUUAAGAGCCAGAUGCACGUAGCCGAUGAUGGCCAGAAACGCGAGGGCAUGACGCAAGCUAUUCGACGCGUCAUCAAGGAGGAGGGCUACGCCGGUCUAUACAAGGGCAUUGGCCCCAAAGUCACCCAGAGUGUUCUUACGGCAGCCUUCCUUUUCGCCUUCAAGGACGUCCUCUACGAGCAGACCAUUAAGCUCCGAGGCUCCGUGGCGAGAAAGGCUAUCAAGGCGUAAAUGUCUAGAUGUUUGGUAAGUGGAAAGAAGCCUCUACACAAAUUCUAGAUAUCAAGUUCGGCUUUAAAUCUGUAUAUAUUGUAUGACCUUGUACCACCUGGAUGGUUGUGGCGUUGUAGCCGUCCUGCUUUGUCUUAUUCGUCGUCGGCAUGACUGGAAUGCAGGAAGAAAUCUCUCGCCUUUUGCAAGUGGGAUGAAAAGUUUUGCGCAAAGAACUACGAAGGGAACGAGAAGGGAGAAACCAUAUUUGUAUACCUCUAUGAGAGUUCCGUGCUUAAAAAGUCACUGAGCAACCAAUACCCUUAAAUAUAUCUUUCGUCAAAUUGGCACAUUGGAUUAACCUAUAC